AUGUCCGAGAGACGCUGCUGGGUACACAAGAGCUCUUCAAGUAAUCGCCCUAGGUUGUCCCAGCUCUUGGAGGUAUACAAGCUGUUGGGCGGCCAGAGCGUUUUUCCUGAUGCCAUACAUGUAUCAUCCGUGGACUUCCAUACCUACGUCUUGGAUCUCAUCAAGACUAUCGUGUCGGCUAUGGAGGCAUCACCCCAGCGAUACAUCUUUGGCGCAGCAUCAAAUAUGCACCUACUGGUCGAACACGAGCGCCAGCCACUUCAACUUCUUGGAUUCCGCAACAAGGGCUCUACGCAAAACUCAGCACUCGUUACGCUUAAACGGCAGGCGCUCACCGCGCAGCUUACCUUGAGUGAUAUGCUCAUGGACAAGACCCGCUACUUCAAGCCUGAUCUCUCCCUCGAGGAUGGUCACUUCGUCGUCCACUUCACCACUGCAACAUCUGGUGGCGAGUCGGACGGAGCAUCGGAUGGUGAGGAGGAAGCCCUAGCCAUUCUCUCUCAAGGCCUAGCCAUUUCGAACAACACUUCUCCAGAGGCUGGCAACACUGCUGACAAUCCCUUCUGCCCGCAGAUCGAGGAUGCGGUGGCAGCAGCGGUGCCAUCUGAGCCAACUGCCAGUCUUCGCCGCUCUUCUAGGCUGGCGUCCAGCGAUAGGACUACCAUGGCCUCGCAUCCUACUGCCAACACCGGAAGUAGCAACAUUAGCUUCCCGGUCUCUUCCUUACAACGCACUGGUUCUAUUGCUGAGAUCAGGUCUCUACCACCACGGAUCUGGACUGGGGAGGUAGCCUUUGCCACAUCGCACGCCUCAGAUGAAUACUUUGAUCUUGACGGCUUCGCCGACAAUAUCUAUGCUGCGGCCAAUCCCGGAGAUCCUCCUGCUGCCUUACAUGUCAUCGCUGGCCCUGAUGUCACUGACGUCGCUGCCAAGAUGCGCGAAUACAUAGAGCAAGCCUUGGAAUCCAACGAUUUCUCUCAGAUCCUCGCUCCAGAGAGACAAGGCCUUGAUGGCCGUCUGAGGCAAUGCGGGCAAGGCAUAGAGCGCGAGGUACUCCAGCUCUUAUUCGAAAAGUACAGCGGAGACAAGCCCAAAUGGUUUGAGUCCAGAGCGGAUGAGCGGUCUUCCAUUGCCACGUCGUUGACUAUGGCGGCGUCUCGAUACUUGCCAGCAAACCGCACUCGCGACUUGGGCGUCCUGGGUGCAGUGGCUGCCUUGAUGAUGAUCAACGGCGCACCUCCUGAGCCGCUAGACCCUGUGUUCCUGCAUUAUUGCCUCAACGACUGCGACAUAACGAAGAUUAGUCCUGAAUUGGUCGGCGAGUGGCACCCUGACUUGAAGGAGUUCCUCCAGAACUGGCUCAGCCUAGGCCCAACGGACGACAUCAGGGGCUUUCGGUCAUUCCUUGCUCAAUAUUUAUCUCUUGACGUGCAGCUACUGCAGGACCGCAGCGAGGAGUCCCAUCAUGUUAUAGCAGUAGACAUGCUUUAUCGUGUCAUAGUUGGCACUGAACCUCCCGAACACCCAGAGCUCCAGGCGUUCAUGCGUGGUCUCCGCCUAGCAUGCAAGAAUGGCUUCUCUUUCCCUGACGCUGUCCAGAAACUGCAAAGCGGCGCACAGAUGUUCUACAGUCUUCUUUGGGUAUCCUCUGUCUCGUCAUAUGACUCCCUCCUUCAGCACGUACGCAUCAGGAACAUGACUGCGGACAAGAGGGAAGCCUUCCGUGCUGCUGUACAAGGCUCAGGAUGCGAGACGACGACACCGGAGUCACUGCUUGCGGACUAUCUCAAGGGUUCCGGUGUUCCGUGUCCUCAUCUCUUCGAACAAGCUAAGCGAGCCUACUGA